AUUGGCUGAGAGGCCUGAGGCGACAGAUUCCGGAAAGGGGAAGAGCAGCCAACAUGGCGGCCGAGCGCGGCGCGGGCCAGCAACAGUCGCAGGAGAUGAUGGAGGUUGACAGGCGCGUGGAAUCUGAAGAGUCUGGCGAUGAAGAAGGGAAGAGGCAGAGCGGCGGCAUCGUGGCGGACCUCAGCCAGCAGAGCCUGAAGGAUGGAGAGGAGCAGGGGGAAAAGCCAGAAGAAGGACAAGAGCUGCCCGUGGAUAUGGAAACCAUUAGCCUGGACAGAGAUGCAGAGGACGUUGAUCUGAACCACUUCCGCAUUGGGAAAAUCGAGGGGUUUGGGGUGCUGAAGAAAGUAAAGAGUCUCUGCCUUCGUCAAAAUUUAAUUAAAUGCAUUGAAAAUCUGGAGGAGUUACAGAGUCUCCGAGAGCUGGAUCUUUAUGACAACCAAAUCAAGAAGAUUGAGAAUCUGGAGGCGCUGACGCAGCUAGAGGUUCUAGAUAUUUCUUUUAAUCUGCUGAGGAGCAUUGAAGGAGUUGACAAGCUGACACAACUGAAGAAGCUCUUCUUGGUCAACAACAAGAUCAGUAAAAUCGAGAACAUAAGCAGUUUGCACCAGCUGCAGAUGCUGGAGCUGGGCUCCAACCGCAUCCGGGCGAUUGAAAACAUUGACACGUUAACCAGCCUGGAAAGUCUGUUUUUGGGGAAGAACAAGAUCACUAAACUUCAGAACCUGGACGCACUGACCAACCUGACGGUCCUCAGUAUGCAGAGCAACCGGCUGACCAAGAUGGAGGGUCUGCAGAGCCUGGUGAACCUCCGGGAGUUGUACCUGAGCCACAACGGCAUCGAGGUCAUCGAGGGCUUGGAGAACAAUAACAAACUCACGAUGUUGGACAUUGCGUCAAAUAGAAUCAAAAAGAUUGAAAACAUCAGCCAUCUGACAGAGCUUCAGGAAUUCUGGAUGAAUGACAACCUGCUGGAGAGCUGGAGCGACCUGGACGAGCUGAAGGCCGCCAAGGGCCUGGAGACGGUGUACCUGGAGCGCAACCCCCUGCAGAAGGACCCCCAGUACAGGCGGAAGGUCAUGCUGGCCCUGCCCAGCGUGCGGCAGAUCGACGCCACCUUCGUCCGGUUCUGAGUCCCGCGGCUCCUCGCCGGCCCCUCUUCACAAGAGCUUCCCAGCCACGGCUCCAGCCGCCCGUCGCUCCUCAAGCCGUCACUCUCCGCAGUCACAAACCCAAUGGCAAUAAAAAGGCACUGAGUGAUAA